AUGGAUAAAGUCUUUACCGUCAUAUUUUUAUUUGAGAUGUUCAUCAAACAGUCUGCGUAUGGCUUCAAGAAAUAUUUUACAGAUGCUUGGUGCUGGCUCGACUUCGUCAUCGUCGUUGUAUGUUCAAUUUCAUUUAUUAGUAGCCGUUUAAAUCUAAAUUUCAUUCAUUAG